AACUUAAAAUGCUCGAGACUGCGCGUGGCGAGUGAAACUGCUACCACAGUAGACCGUUUUCGACGGGGUCUGCUAGCCUAAAUGGUAACGAAAUUAUAAAAAUACAGCUAACGCAAUAUUAUUCACUGUCACAACCUUUAAUUAAGCUUACUACUAUAUUAUUCCGCUUAUCGCUUAGUGGGUAUGUAGGCGUUAAGGGACUAACAGUAUCGAUACUGGCAUUUUAGUUUUAUACCUUUUGUGGUUUGGCACUUGUUAUAUUACAUUUAUUGUGCAUUGGUAGUUGUAUUUUGUGCGUAGUUUAAUGGGAAAGUUUGAAAUAAAUAAUAUUGGGUGCUAAUCUCUCAGGUACUGCCUCACUAGCCUAAAGGGGGCUAGUCAGCUAUCUACAUAUCCCCAUAUCUUGAUAGCUGUAGAAGUCUUUAGCAGACUUUAGGUGGGCAUAUUUUUGUAAUAUAUGUUUUAAAUAUUUAAAAUUCACACAAAACGCAAAAAUCUAUGUAGUUCUUUACCCCUGUUUCCUCAUCACAUCAUCUGAGGAGGGCCUUCACAUAUCUCAAACUAGACUGCUUUGAUGUUUAUCCGAUUUUGGUAUGUAAAUAUUCGUUUUUAGUUUCGUUAAACACACAGGCUGCAGCUCACAUAUUUCAUCCAACUCUUCGAGUGAUUGGUGUUGGCACAAUGGCCUCUUUGGUUGCUUAUGAGGAUUCUGAAACUGAAGAUGAACCUACAACACAGGAAGGAACAAUUCAUCAAAACUCAAACAGUGACUUUGGCGCAGAGAAUUCCCUUGGCCAACAUGGAGGCGUUGAAUUCGGUCCCGCAGAUCCUCAUGAGUCUUCUCUCAGCCCUCAAGGUGGAGGACAAGAUGGGCAGGAAUCCAGAUCACUCUGGGAGUUUUGCUACAGUUCUUGGAUUCAGCCAGAUGGUGCUCAGGAUGCCGUUGGAGUAGUGAGGUCCCUGCCUCAAACAUCUCAGGGUUCUAGUUGUGUGGUUCCUCCGAAGAGGCCUCUCAAAGAGACCCCGGUGACUGGUAUCAGGCCUUACAUUCCCAAAAGGCAAAGGCUGGCUCAGCAAGUGGCGGCGAGCUCAGAGGACGGUCUUCAAGGGGAUGGGUCUGUUAUCUCAGGGACAGGCUCCAGACUGCUCACCGAAGUGUCCGAAAUCAUUAGUCCAUUUCUGAGGCGGAAGUCCACUGGAACGGAGCUGCCCAGGCGUGUGCGGCUACGUGUCCAGGCCCACCAGGGCCCAGUCAACACAGUUCAGUGGUGCCCAGUGCCCCAUUUCAGCCAUCUCCUCCUGUCUGCCUCCAUGGAUGUCACUGCCAAGGUUUGGGAUGGUGCAGGCAGUGGGCGGUGCCUGUUUACCAGCUCCACCCACAGUGGGGCUGUGCGUGAUGCCAGUUGGAUGCCCUGCGGAAGACGCUUCCUGACAGGCUCCUUUGACAACUCGGCCAUCGUGACAGAUGUGGAGACAGGCCAGGUGGUGGUUAAAGUGGGGAACCAGUUUAAAGUGACCUGUUUGACUGUGCAGCCCAGCGACCCCAAUAUUUUUCUGUGUGGAGGCUUCAGCCCAGAAGUCAAGGCUUGGGACAUCAGGACCUGCAAGGUGGUUAGAAGCUACCAGGCUGGGAUCCAGCAGACUCUGGCCAUCUUGUUCCUGCCAGGGGGAAAAGAGUUUGUGACAAGCAGCGACUCUGUCAGCCGGGACUCAGCCGAUCGCACUCUCAUCGCGUGGGAUUUCCAGACCACCGCCAAGGUCUCCAAUCAGAUCUUCCAUGAGCGCUACACCUGCCCCAGUAUGGCUCUUCACCCCCAGGGAGAUGAGUUUGUAGCACAGACCAACGGCAACUACAUGGCACUGUUUUCUACACGGAGGCCAUACAGAAUGAACAAGAGGAAGCGCUACGAAGGACACAGGGUGGAGGGCUAUGCCGUGGGGUGUGAAUUCUCAGCUGAUGGGACGGUGCUGCUGUCGGGCAGCUCCAGUGGGUCACUCCACUUCUACGACCAGCAGAGCUCCCGGCAGCUACGGCUCCUACAUGCACAUCAGCAGGCCUGUGUGUGUGCCACCAUGCACCCUGUCCUGCCCGCUGUCAUAGCCUCCUGUGACUGGGGCGGGGAGCUCUGUAUCUGGCACUGACAUGCGUGGUGGGGGCGGGGCUGGGAGGGGAUACACAAGAUCUGCUGGCCCGCAGAACCAGGUACCUUCUUCCACAAUUACUAUGCUUUAUCUCAAAGCACGUUUCAGAAACCAGCUUUGCUUCACACGCUCCACCCCUGGCAACUCCGACUGUUCAGCACGGCCUUGCACUGUCAAAUCUCCUGAACAACACUUGAAGUUUGAAAUCCUGGAGCUGUAAGUCAAUUCCCCUGCUUGUGUCCAUCUUCAUUUUGACCCAGAGGUUCUGCUUUCGGCUGGAGAGCUGCCUGUCUGCCCUGAGCCCCCCCCACCCACCCACCUGCUGGUUUAUCCAGAUGGGCACGGCAGGCUCUAGUGGAACAGCAGAGCCCUCUCCCUUUCAUCUGCUCCGAUCAGUAGGGCUAUCCAGGUGCUUGGCAGCACACGAGAUGCCUCUGCAGAGAGCGAAGGCUCUUCACCUCCUGAAAAUGGGACCUGCACCAUUGGAUGACACCACCACGCUGGGUAUCUGAAAGCCAGCCAGCCAGCCUCACCAUUCCUUCCAUGGGGCCGGCUGCCGACAUUCUGGGGAAUAUGGCCCUCCCAGUAAGUGAGAGAGAACAUGGCUCCCGUGUCAGUAGCUGCGUUAGGCUAAGAAGCCAUAGAUUCCUGGGGCAAACCUCCUACCCACAGAGUUGUUCAGGCUUGACUCACCAUAGAAUCGUCAACUUCAGUUACAUGCUGAGCAGCCAAAAGAGCCUGCUGACAAAACAGACCCCUUGAGGAGCUACAGAAAUCUGGUGCUGUCCACUCUCCUGCUGAUGACGUCGGUCGCAUUAGCAGCUGACCAGUCCAGUCACCCGCAAGGCAGCAGUAUGAGAUCAGGACAUUAGAAACGUGGCCCUGUCUGGAGAACUGUAAGGGCGAUCUAGGUGUCAUGGAAAAGGCAUUGCAGGAGUAAACAACACAGUGAAAGGAACUGUCAGAGCAAGUACCUAAUUUUGGUAGGAUUACCAUGGCCCAUGUACCUCCACCACCCCCUGCUGCCAUAAAUGUGCCUCACAGAAUAUGAGGACCCUGGCCAGUCUAAAAACACACUUCUAACCAAGACUGUAAUCAUAUACUUACACCACUGUCAGCUGGAGCAAUACUGGCUACUCCAACUAAUGAAAAUUAAGGCAAAAUGUACCAGGGAGUUUGUGAAGUGAGUCAACUAAGCCAAGAUAAAGCCCCUUAACUAGCUAAUCCCCUACUAAUUAAUACACCAGGCCAAUGUGGCGUUCCCCUCCAGCCAGGUGAUGCAGCACGAAGGAGCUGCCCAUGUUUGACGGAAUUCGGGUAAGGCUGGUUACAGCAGCAUCAGCUGCCGCGUCGCCCCACUUCUAUGAAUGAUUUAUCAAGGCAUCUUUCGAGUUCCCAUAAGCGGGCUGCUCAGAUGGGAGCUUACAUACACGUACCGAACAGUGUGGCGGGCCCCUCCAUCCAGGACCCUGUCUGGUCAUUUGAGGGGCAUUGGGAAACAGUAAGCACAUCCCUACCAUACAUUUCAACAUAUAAGUCAUGCACACAUACUAAUAAAUUAACAGUCAUUUUCAAAGCUGCCUUGUAUCUUGUGUUUGCCAGCUGUGUCCUUUCCUAUUGUCCUGUCUAGUUUGGCUAAUGUCAUUGUAACUGUUAUUGCUUUAUACAAUUACUUCACUUAAUAAAAGGACAAAAUGUGUUAAAUCUGAA